UGUGUCACAUACCCACGCCGACAUCUUUCAGUGAGGCUGACUUUAGUAUUCUGUCGCAUCGAUGCGCAAUUUUGUCUGCACCACAUCCGCAAUGGUUGCGCAUUCCGCAUACAUUAGGUGCUGAUCUUGCAGUGGAGCUAGGUGUUAGCUAACGGCUAAUCACAUCUACAGGUAAAGCAGCAGCGUAAUGAGAACAACCGGUGACAACCGGGCGGAAACGAGGAGGAUGCGAACACUGUUCUGCGUUUCUUACCUCAUGUUACCGGCACGUGGGAGGCGAAAUAAAACCAAAACACAGCGAGUGAGGCUGUUAACUCGUACAGCCGAUACACAAACCGAGCACAGUCGCUCUCGAAUGACGUCACCCAGUGGCUGCGCUCAGAGCCAAUCAACGAACGGACAUGUGUGGGAAACUGUGCACCUUGCAUGGAAAUAUUUGAUAAAGAAGUCGAGUCAGAUAGUCAACUGGUAUAUAAACUCCGAAUCCCCUCCUUUAGUUUGUAGGUUCAACAGGUACAGAACAUUCAUCAUGAAGUACUUCAUACUCCUGGCUCUGUUUGCUGCAGCUUGUGCUGCUCCUAUUGAAGAUGAGGACGACAAGAUUGUUGGAGGCUACGAGUGCAGAAAGAACUCUGUGGCCUACCAGGUCUCUCUGAACGCUGGCUACCACUUCUGUGGAGGCUCCCUGAUCUCCAGCACCUGGGUGGUGUCUGCUGCUCACUGCUACAAGUCCCGCAUCCAGGUGCGUCUUGGUGAGCACAACAUUGCUGUCAACGAGGGCACAGAGCAGAGCAUCGACUCUGCUAAGGUCAUCCGUCAUCCCAGGUACAGCAGCCGCAACCUGGACAACGACAUCAUGCUGAUCAAGCUGAAUAAGCCCGCCACCCUGAACAGCUACGUCCGCACCGUGUCCCUGCCCUCCAGCUGUGCCGGCUCUGGUACCCGCUGUCUGAUCUCUGGAUGGGGCAACACCAGCGGCUCUGGAAGCAACUAUCCUGAUCGCCUGAGGUGCCUGGAUGCCCCCAUCCUGAGCGACAGCAGCUGCAGGAACUCCUACCCUGGACAGAUCACCUCCAACAUGUUCUGUGCUGGAUUCCUCGAGGGAGGCAAGGACUCCUGCCAGGGUGACUCUGGUGGCCCCGUGGUUUGCAACGGUCAGCUGCAGGGUGUCGUGUCCUGGGGCUAUGGCUGCGCUCAGAGGAACAAGCCUGGAGUCUACGCCAAGGUCUGCAACUACAACUCCUGGAUCCGCAGCACCAUGUCCUCCAACUAAAGUCUCUGACUAAAACAAUCUGUUUCAGUAAAAUGUAUUAUCAUCAA